AUGCUAAAAAUCUUAAUCCCGACAUUAAUGCUAUUCCCCACAACAUGACUUGCAACACCAAAAUGACUAUGAGCCACAACAACAGCCCAAGCCUUAAUCAUUGCCACCGCAAGCCUAACCCUACUCAACUGGAGCUCAGAAACUGGCUGAACUUCCACUAACCCCUACCUAGGCACGGAUCCACUCUCCACCCCCCUACUAGUCCUAACAUGCUGACUACUACCCCUAAUGAUUCUAGCAAGCCAAAACCACAUUUCUCCAGAGCCCGUUAGUCGUCAACGAACCUACAUCACCCUUCUAGUGUCUCUCCAACUAUUCUUAAUUAUAGCCUUCGGGGCCACCGAAAUCAUCUUAUUCUACAUCAUAUUUGAAACCACACUAAUCCCCACCCUGAUUAUUAUCACACGAUGAGGAAACCAAACCGAACGUCUCAACGCAGGCACCUACUUCCUAUUCUACACACUAGCCGGGUCCCUCCCCCUACUAGUUGCCCUACUGAUCCUACAAAAAGAAAUAGGCUCCCUAUCAAUACUAAUUAUCCAAUACAUACAACCUGCCCCCCUAUGCACCUGAGCCGAUAAAAUCUGAUGAGCAGCCUGCUUAAUUGCCUUCCUAGUAAAAAUACCCCUCUACGGAGUCCACCUCUGAUUACCAAAAGCACACGUAGAAGCCCCAGUUGCAGGAUCUAUAGUCCUAGCUGCCGUACUACUAAAACUAGGCGGUUAUGGCAUGAUACGAAUGAUUAUUAUACUAGAGCCUGCAUCCAAAAACCUUGCAUACCCAUUUAUUAUCCUGGCCCUAUGAGGCAUUAUCAUGACCGGAUCAAUUUGUCUACGACAGACAGAUCUAAAAUCCCUAAUUGCUUACUCUUCAGUAAGCCACAUGGGACUAGUAGUAGCGGGAAUCCUCAUCCAAACCCCCUGAGGCUUCACCGGAGCUAUCAUUUUAAUGAUCGCACACGGAUUAGCAUCUUCCGCAUUAUUCUGCCUAGCAAACACCAAUUAUGAGCGCCUCCACAGUCGAACCCUGCUUCUCGCACGAGGAAUACAAGCCAUCCUCCCCCUGAUAGCUGCAUGAUGAUUCAUCGCCAACCUGGCCAACUUAGCCCUCCCUCCCCUCCCCAACCUUAUAGGAGAACUAAUUAUCAUCACCUCAAUAUUCAACUGAUCAAGCUGAACAAUUAUCCUUACAGGGACCGGAACCCUUAUCACCGCCAGCUAUUCUCUCUAUAUGUAUCUAAUAACACAACGAGGCCCUGUAACCACCUUAAUCACAGCAAUUGAACCAUCCCACACACGAGAACACCUACUCAUGGCGCUACACCUAAUCCCCAUCAUCAUACUGACACUAAAACCAGAGCUCAUGUGAGGUUGAUGCUUCU